CUGUUUCGGAUGCAUAAAGACAGCAGGGAGUUUUGUGUGUUGAGUUUGUUGUUGUUGACGGACUACUGGUCGCCACAGCAUUUAGGGCGGUGAAAUGGCUCUCAUGAUGAUAUUUUGUACUUUUAUCUUCAAUGUUUUAUGCUUGCCUCUUCAUCUGAUCAAAGCGGCCGGCUUGUAUGAAAUGUACAAACGUGUCUUCCCUAUUUGUUUGUACCGUUGUUCAAUAAUGUACAACAAGAAAAUGCACGACAAGAAGAAGGAGCUGUUUCGCAGUAUACCCGAGUUCAACAAGCAUGGCAAGCUAACUAUUUUGGAGAUCGGCUGUGGAACUGGCACCAAUUUUGAGUUUUAUCCGCCCGGCUGCAAGGUGAUCUGCACUGACCCAAACCCUCAUUUCAAGAAAUACCUGAAGAGCAGCAUGGAAGGGAAUGACCACAUCACAUUUGACAGAUUUCUGGUGGCGUCAGGGGAGGACAUGGGGGCAAUUGAGAGCGAGUCGGUAGACGUCGUUGUCUGCACCCUGGUGCUCUGCUCUGUCAACAACAUACCGAAAACUCUGCAGGAGGCACGGCGCAUGCUGAGACCGGGGGGAGGCUUCUUUUUCCUGGAGCAUGUUGUUGGAGAGCCCUCAACUUGGACUUACUUCUUCCAGCAUGUUCUGCAGCCUCCUUGGUACUACUUUGGGGAUGGAUGUGAGAUCAUCCGGGAUACGUGGAAACCUCUUGAGGCAGCCGGAUUCUCUGACCUCAAGCUGAGACACUUGGAAGCACCACUCAUGUUCCUUAUCAAACCCCACAUCAUGGGUUACGCUGUGAAAUAAAUUCUGUGUUUUGUGAUAUGAUUGAUCAUCAGUGAUGGAGAUAAUGCCAAUCACUUAAAUACUAAUUUUAUUUUUGAAUUUUAAAAAACCCUUCAGUGUUGGUUAUUUGUAAAGACAAAUUAAUUUAACACAUAAAAAAAUUACAUAGAAGGGAUCAGUAGAAAAUUAAUAUUUUAAAUGUUUAAUUUUUGUGUCACUUUCCAUUUACAAGUUGCUAUGCUGAUACAUCAGUUAGAUGCCACCAUAGGAAAUAUGCGUGUUCUGAUGUUGUUUGUGCUACUGCUGGAUUCAUUGGUGCCAUUUAUGACAUGACAGGUGUGUCACUAAACACAUAUGUUUUGACUGUGUUUUAUUGUGUUGUCCUAUUAAACAGGUUCAUUCUGCUGCA